CUCAGAGAGAGGGUCAUGAAGCAGUCCGAGGAGAACAACAACCUGCACAACCAGGUGCAGAAACUCACCGAGGAGAACACCACCCUCCGCGAGCAAGUGGAGCCCGCCCCCGAGGAGGAAGAGGACGACAUUGAGCUGUGCGGUGCAGCCGCCGCCGCCACCCCAGCCACCCCUAUCGAGGAGGAGUGCCCAGAAGACCUUCCCGAGAAGUUCGACGGCAACCCAGACAUGCUGGUUCCCUUCAUGUCCCAGUGCCAGCUCUUUAUGGAGAAGAGCACCCGCGAUUUCUCUGUCGAUCGCGUGCGUGUCUGCUUCGUGACCAGCAUGAUGACGGGCCGCGCCGCCCGCUGGGCCUCGGCCAAACUGGAGCGUUCUCACUACCUGAUGCACAACUACCCAGCCUUCAUGACCGAAAUGAAGCACGUCUUCGAAGACCCCCAGCGGCGCGAGGCCGCCAAACGCAAGAUCAGACGUCUGCGCCAGGGAAUGGGGUCGGUGGUCGACUACUCUAACGCUUUCCAGAUGAUCGCGCAGGACCUGGAUUGGAACGAGCCCGCCCUGAUCGACCAGUACCACGAGGGCCUCAGCGACCACAUCCAGGCGGAGCUGGCGCGCCUCGAAGUGGCCAAGUCGCUGUCGGCGCUGAUCGGCCAGUGCAUCCACAUUGAGAGAAGGCUGGCCCGGGCGGCCGCUGCCCGCAAGCCGCGAUCCCCGCCACGUGCGCUGGUGGCGCCGCAAGUCAACAAUCACCACCACCACCAGGCAGACCCGACCGAGCCCGUGGGGGGCGCCCGCAUGCGCCUGACGCAGGAAGAGAAAGAGAGACGUCGCAAGCUGAACCUGUGCCUCUACUGUGGGAAUGGAGGCCACUACGCUGACAACUGUCCUGCCAAGGCCUCGAAGGCUUCGCGCGGGAAACUCCCCGGCCCCGCUGUAGAGGGACCUUCAGCGACCGGGCCGGAAUUAAUAAGGUCCCCCCAAGAUGAUGCUGCGUCAUCUCCACACUUGCAAGUGAUGCUCCAGAUUCAUCUCCCGGGCCGACACAGCCUGUUCGUCCGAGCCAUGAUCGAUUCUGGCGCUUCUGGCAAUUUCAUUGAUCACGAGUACGUGGCCCAGAACGGCAUUCCUCUGAGAAUCAAGGACUGGCCCAUACUUGUAGAAGCAAUUGAUGGACGUCCCAUAGCAUCGGGCCCAGUGGUCCACGAAACUCAUGACCUGAUCGUCGACUUGGGAGAUCACCGCGAGGUGCUGUCGUUCGAUGUGACUCAGUCCCCGUUCUUCCCCAUCGUCCUGGGGGUGCGCUGGCUGAGCACACACGAUCCCAACAUCACGUGGAGCACCCGAUCGAUCGUCUUCGAUUCCGAAUAUUGCAGAUACCACUGCCGGAUGUACUCUCCAAUACCACCACUUCUCCCACCACCAGCGCAACCCGCGUUCUACUACCCAGUAGAGGGGUACAGAGUUUACCAGCCUGUGAGAUACUACUACGUGCAGAAUGUGUACACCCCAGUGGAUGAGAACGUCUACCCAGACAACCGUCUGGUGGACCCUAACAUAGAAAUGAUCCCCGGAGCACACAGUAUUCCCAGCGGGCAUGUGUACUCACUGUCGGAGUCUGAAAUGGCAGCCCUUCGAGAUUUCGUUGCCAGACACGUGAAGGAUGGGCUGAUCACUCCCACCAUCGCGCCGAACGGAGCCCAAGUUCUCCAAGUGAAGAGAGGGUGGAAGCUGCAAGUUUCUUACGACUGCCGGGGUCCCAACGGUGUCACCAUCCAGAAUCAGUAUCCUCGACUCACGAUUCCAAAUUUAGAUGACCAAGCUCACCUGGCAACGUACACUGAAUUCGUACCUCAAAUUCCAGGAUAUCCGACCUAUCCCGCCUAUGCCGCAUACCCGACCUACCCAGUAGGAUUCGCCUGGUACCCCGUGGGGCGAGAUGGACACGGGCGAUCCCUCUAUGUCCCCGUGGUGAUCACCUGGAAUCCCCAUUGGUACCGCCAGCCGCCAGUGCCCCAGUACCCGCCGCCUCAGCCGCCCCCGCCGCCACCCCCACCGCCGCCACCGCCUCCUUCUUACAGCACCCUGUGA